AUGGCACCAAACUGCAGGCAUACUACCAGUCAGAAGAAAGCUGAAGAAGAUGCUAUCAGAGAGGAGAAGACCAAGAACCUCCAAACAGCAGCUGCAGAGUUUAAAGUCCCAUACCAUACUCUUCGUUGGCAGGCACAGAACCUCACUAAACCUCAUUCAAAAGCCCACAAAAACAGCCAACUACUUACUGAAGGCCAGGAAGCAACAAUAUGUGACUGGGCCAAGUACCUGGCUAUGAUGGGUCACCCUCUCUCCAAGUGCAACCUUUGUGCAAAGGUGUCAGAGCUUAGCAAGAAGUUAAAGGCAAAGAAGAAGCUCACUGGAAAAGAUAAGGGGCCAUCAAAAACCUGGGUCAAAGAUUUUCUUACUUGCCAUUCAGAACUCAAACUGGGAUGCCCAACAGGCAUUGAUCCGAAGCGGAUGCAAAUGUUUAACUACACAACUGUCAAUCACCACUUCAAACUCCUGGACAACUUCUUGAAAUCUGAGAACAUCCCCUGGGAUAAUGUGUAUAACAUGGACGAGAAGGGGAUUCAACUUGGAGGGGGAAGGAAAUGUGAUAACAUGAAGUACCUGUUUUCAUGGACAGCAAAAGCCCAAGUCAAGGCAAAGAGUGACCAGCUCAAGCUGGUAACAGUGAUUGAGUGCAUGUGUGUGGAUGGCACUAGUUUGAAGCCUGGCUUUGUAUUUUCUGGGUCUUAA